AGACAGCAGAACUAAUUCGAUCGAUUGACUCAUUCAAGACUGAAAGAAUGGCAGGUGCCGUUCGAGUUGGUCGAUCGAGCAUUGGCGGCGGAGGAUUGGGGUCUGUGGCAGCCGGAGUCGGAGCUGGAGGACUUCGGAGAUUCUUCUCUUACCGGAUUUUCGUCUCUGCUAUGUUCACUCUUCUCUUUCUCGCUACGCUCUCUGUUCUCUUCACCACCAGCCCCUCCACCUUCAGUCAAGAUUCAAUUCUACCGAGCACGGGACCUCAUGUGCACACCUACGUUCACAGGACAUUUCUUGCACUGAAGUCGGAUCCACUGAAGACCAGGGUCGACUUGAUCCACAAGCAGGCUAACGAUCACAUCACCCUCGUCAAUGCUUACGCUGCCUAUGCUCGCAAGCUUAAACUCGAGAACUCGAAGCAACUCCGGAUUUUCGAAGAUUUGACUCGGAAUUUCUCCAAUCUCAUUUCACGUCCUUCUUACGGUGCCGCUUUGGUAGGCACCGAUGGGGCCGUCGAUGAAGACGUGCUUCGCCAGUUCGAGAAGGAGGUCAAAGACAGGGUUAAACUCGCUCGCCUACUCAUUUCAGAGGCAAAGGAAUCUUUUGAUAAUCAGCUCAAGAUCCAGAAGCUUAAAGACACCGUCUUCGCUGUUAAUGAACAGCUCGCGAAGGCGAAGAAGCACGGAGCUUUCUCCAGUCUCAUUGCUGCCAAGUCUAUCCCUAAGAGCUUGCAUUGUCUGGCCAUGAAGCUUGUAGAGGAACGCAUUGCCCACCCGGAAAAAUAUGUGGACAAUGAGUCCAAGCCCGAAUUCGAAGAUCCCAGUCUCUACCACUAUGCUAUCUUCUCCGACAACGUGAUUGCUGCCUCGGUUGUGGUGAAUUCUGCUGCUAAGAAUGCAGAUGAACCAUGGAAGCAUGUUUUCCAUGUCGUCACCGAUAGAAUGAAUCUCGCAGCGAUGCAGGUUUGGUUCAAGAAGAGACCUGCCGAAGGUGGUGCCCAUGUUGAGGUGAAGGCCGUGGAGGAUUACAAGUUCUUGAAUUCAUCUUAUGUGCCGGUCCUCAAGCAGCUUGAGUCUGCGAAGUUGCAGAGGUUCUACUUUGAGAAUCGGGCGGAGAAUGCUACCAAGGAUGCAAAUAAUCUGAAAUUCAGAAACCCCAAAUACUUGUCGAUGUUGAAUCACCUGAGGUUUUAUCUACCUGAGAUGUACCCGAAGUUGCAUCGGAUUCUAUUUCUUGAUGAUGACGUUGUGGUGCAGAAGGACUUGACAGGCUUAUGGAAGAUUGAUAUGGAUUCGAAGGUGAAUGGAGCUGUUGAGACCUGCUUUGGGUCCUUCCACCGCUAUGCCCAAUACAUGAACUUCUCUCAUCCUCUUAUCAGGGAGAAGUUUAACCCCAAGGCUUGUGCCUGGGCCUAUGGCAUGAAUUUCUUUGACCUUGAUGCUUGGAAGCGUGAGAAGUGCACGGACCAAUACCAUUACUGGCAGAACCUGAAUGAGAACCGGACUUUGUGGAAAUUGGGUACCCUUCCUCCAGGCCUUAUCACUUUCUACUCAACAACAAAGCCGUUGGAUAAAUCAUGGCAUGUUCUUGGGCUUGGUUACAAUCCAAGCAUUAGCAUGAAUGAGAUCAACAAUGCUGCAGUUGUCCAUUUCAAUGGGAAUAUGAAGCCAUGGCUUGACAUUGCAAUGAACCAGUUCCGGCACCUGUGGACCAAAUAUGUGGACUAUGAGAUGGAGUUUGUGCAGAUGUGCAAUUUUGGGCUCUAGAUUAAUAGCUUCUCUCAUGGGACAGUGACUAGGUAUGCCAAAAGAGGUUCAGGUUGUGGUCCUGUUUGGGCACCUGGCUUUUUGGGUGGUAGCCCCUUAUUAGUUACAAUUUUUGGAGUGAAGCUCAUUCAUUAAUGUUUCUUAGUUUUUGUCAUGGAUGAAAUACUAUACCACACCUUUUAUAUUUUAUUAGAGUCCCAGUUAUGAUUUUUUUGUGCCUUAACCAUCAUAGUUCUGUAUGCACAAUAGAAGUCAGUAUCGUGUACCUGAUACUGUCUCUUAUAAUUUAUUUAGGGAAUGACAAAUGACCACAUGUAGUAAGUUUAUC